AUGUCACUAUCAAGCUACACAGAGGCAGCAUUGGGCGAACCAUGGUCUACCCCCGCUACGUCUCAAGCUGAGGAACCAACCGUGGAAUCAGCCCUGGAGAAAGAAAAGAUAAUCAAAGAUAUCCUUUCACUUCGUGAUGGAUUGAGAGGGUUGUUAGUAAGGGUCACAGAGGUGGAAGCGGAUAAUGAGAAGUUGGCAAAAGACAAUGAGAUGCUCAGUGUAUAUAUCGAUAAUCUGACAAGGAACUCAGUCGUUGCUGCUGGAACUAAACGAUGA